AUGAGGAAGGCCUAUGACAGGUUGGAAUGGAGUUUCAUUGAAGGUAUGCUUCUUAAGUUGGGUUUCAGUAGAAAUUGGGUGCAACUUGUUAUGACUUGUAUCACUUCAGUUUCUUAUAGUCUUCUUGUUAAUGGGUGUAUUAAGGGGGCUAUUUCCCCAUCUAGGGGAAUCCGCCAGGGGGAUCCAAUCUCGCCUUCCAUUUUUAUUCUCUGUUCUCAAGCUCUUACAGCUAUUAUUAAGAAGGCUGAAAUGGAGGGUAAUCUCAAAGGGGUGAAAGAGGUUAACUCUCUAAAGGACUGCUUGGAUCUCUACUGUAGUGCUACAGGUCAAGCCAUUAAUUUUCAUAAAUCCAGCCUUAUGUUUAGUCCAAAUACUCAUGAAAGAAUAAAGAGAUGGUUUGCUAGAAUUCUUAAGGUGAAGCAUGGCGAUGGACCAUCAAAGUAUUUGGGAUUACCUACACACUUUGGGGUAACCAAAAAAGAGGUCUUUGAUGAUAUCAAGGAAAUGACUCUUAGUAAACUCCAAGGCUGGAAAGGGAAGUUAUUGUCUCAUGUUGGAAAAGAAGUGCUACUUAAAGCAAGUAGCUCCUAUGGCAAACUAUGCCGCUUCUCACUUCAAGCUUCCUUCGUCCUUUCAUGA